CGCGGGCGAGCGGGUGGGCCGGGGCAGGGCUGGCAUGGCGCGGACCCCGGGCCGGGCCCCGUUGUGUCCUGGAGGCGGCAAAGCACAACUUUCCUCGGCGUCUCCUCCCGCGGUUGGGCUGCUGCUGCUGCCAGCCCCGACGCCACCGCCGCCGCUGCUGCUGCUGCUCGUCCCCCUGCUGCUCUUCUCCCGGCUCUGUGGUGCCUUAGCUGGAUCGAUUAUUGUGGAGCCACAUGUCACAGCAGUGUGGGGAAAGAAUGUUUCAUUGAAGUGUUUAAUUGAAGUGAAUGAAACUAUAACACAGAUCUCAUGGGAGAAGAUACAUGGUAAAAGCACACAGACUGUUGCAGUUCAUCAUCCUCAAUAUGGAUUCUCUGUUCAAGGAGAUUAUCAGGGAAGAGUUUUGUUCAAAAACUAUUCACUUAAUGAUGCAACGAUUACUCUGCAUAACAUAGGCUUCUCAGAUUCCGGAAAGUACAUAUGCAAAGCUGUUACAUUCCCACUUGGAAAUGCCCAGUCCUCUACAACUGUGACUGUGUUAGUUGAACCCACAGUGAGCCUGAUAAAAGGGCCAGAUUCUUUAAUUGAUGGGGGAAAUGAAACAGUAGCAGCCAUUUGUAUAGCAGCUACUGGAAAACCAGUCGCACAUAUUGACUGGGAAGGUGAUCUUGGCGAAAUGGAAUCUACCACAACUUCUUUUCCCAAUGAAACAGCAACGAUUGUCAGCCAAUACAAGCUGUUUCCCACGAGGUUUGCUAGAGGAAGGCGGAUCACUUGUGUCGUAAAACAUCCAGCCUUAGAAAAGGACAUCCGAUACUCUUUCAUCCUAGACAUCCAGUAUGCUCCUGAAGUUUCAGUAACAGGAUAUGAUGGAAAUUGGUUUGUGGGAAGAAGAGGUGUUAACCUCAAGUGUAAUGCUGAUGCAAAUCCUCCGCCCUUCAAGUCCACGUGGAGCAGACUGGAUGGACAAUGGCCCGAUGGCCUGUUGGCUUCAGACAGCACUCUUCAUUUUGUCCACCCGCUGACUUUCAAUUAUUCUGGCGUUUAUGUCUGUAAAGUGACAAAUUCCCUUGGUCAAAGAAGUGAUCAAAAGGUCAUCUACAUUUCAGAUCCUCCUACUACCACCACCCUUGAGCCUACAGUUCAGUGGCGUCCCUCAACUGCUGACACCGAGGAUCUAGCAACAGAACCUAAAAAGUUGCCCUUUCCAUUGUCAACUUUGGCAACAAUUAAGGAUGACACAAUUGGCACCAUCAUUGCUAGUAUAGUGGGUGGGGCCCUCUUCAUAGUGCUUGUGAGUGUGUUGGCUGGAAUAUUCUGCUAUAGGAGACGACGGACGUUUCGUGGAGACUACUUUGCCAAAAACUACAUUCCACCCUCAGACAUGCAAAAAGAAUCGCAAAUCGAUGUUCUUCAACAAGAUGAGCUUGAUUCUUACCCAGACAGUGUAAAAAAAGAAAACAAAAAUCCAGCGAACAAUCUAAUUCGUAAAGACUACUUAGAAGAGCCUGAAAAAACUCAGUGGAAUAAUGUAGAAAAUCUCAAUAGGUUUGAGAGACCGAUGGAUUAUUACGAAGAUCUAAAAAUGGGAAUGAAGUUCGUCAGUGAUGAACGCUACGAUGAAAAUGAAGAUGAUUUAGUUUCCCAUGUAGAUGGUUCCGUAAUUUCCAGGAGGGAGUGGUAUGUUUAAUAGCCACUAGUGUGACGUCACUAUGUACAAUGUUUCAUUCAUACGAGUUGAUCAUUUUCAGAUUGUUCAUACUUUCUCUUGAGGAAGAAUAAGCUUUUUCAAGUUGAUUUCGAGCUUUUUAUAUUCUGAUCUGACAAAUGAAAAUGUAAAAUCUGGGUUCAAUGUAUCUGAGCUGCUUUACAAUUUUUUUUCACUGCUGUACUACUGUCUCAAGAUUUAAUUCUAAUGCAGAGUACUUUAUUGGUCUGAGGCACACAGGUAAGAAGAAAUGUCAACGUUAAAUGUAUGACGUUUUUGGUACAAAAAUUAAAAACAGAAAAAAACGAAACUACCUUGGCAUUGUGUAUUAAAUGUUUACCUAAGACUAAAAUCUCAAGUAUAAUAUUUGUGUAACAUAUACCUCUCAAAGCUUAUCACCACUAAAUGUACUCCAUCAAAUUUGACAGUAAAGCUAAUUCGAAAAAUGCUUAUAUAUUUUUAGUAUACUAAAACCAUUCAUCCUGAUGGAGUAUCUUUCAUGGUCAAACAUUAUUUUCCAAGUUUCUAUAAAGAUAAGAAUCUUUACCUCUGCAUUUUAAUGAGCCUUGCCAUAAUUACUGUAGAGUGGCUUUUCAACGAUAUUUUGUUGCACUAAAACUGUGGCCAUAAACUCAGUGAAUAUGAUGUGUGGAAGAGCAUAAUUAGCUGGUCAAUAUUUUUUCCAAAAUACAUGCAAAAGUAAUAAAAUAUAUGCCUCCUAACACAAUAAUUAUUCAUUUUUCUCAUUUCUGGAAGAAAGUUCUUAAGUUGUUUUGUGAACAUGGUUUUGGUACAUAAAGCAUUAACCUUAUUUUAAUGCUUUAUUUGCUAAAUGUAUUAAUAGUGAAGAAAAUAUGGUACACAGAUAAGUACAGAGAGGGUAUUUGAGUAUAUUUGUGUGCCAGAUUUAGACAUGAGCUGUUUUAGCCAGGAAUCUAUACAAAGAAUUUUCUAGGUCUUCUUGUUUUAGUUAUUUAAUGUUGGUAUUGUUCAAACGGGUAUGUGUACAAAAACCAUUAAAAUAAACUUUGAAGCUUGAGGUCUCAUUAGAGAGAUCUGAAUUACAGAAUUAGUUAUUGAUAACACUUGCUGAUGAGUAUUGGCGAUUCAUCCCUUUUUUCUCCAUUUUCUUCUAAAUGUAUGUAUAUGAUUCAAGCCUUUUUUGUUUGUUUUUUUGUUUUCAAAUUAAAACUGGAAACAUAUCAUAAGAUUUUUUGGGUUUAUUUUGUUCAUUUGUUUCACCUAGUUCAUUAACUGUAUUCUUUCCAGAGUCCUGUAACUUCUGAGAGAUGUUAUAUAAAUCUUCAAAUGUUAAUCUUCUUUGUAUAGCAAAUUAGUUCUGCAGUAGAGUUCUUAAGAUUGUGAUGAUGGAAACUGUUUUAAGGCCCAAAGAAUGUUUUUCUAGCAAUUGAUUAGGAAAAAGGAUUGUGUAGAAGAGGGGUCUUGCCAGGACAGUGAAGUUAUUAAAUGACUCAAUAGAUAAAGUAUUUUUAAUAAAAAGGCAGAUUAGAUACUCUUAACUUCACCAACCACCCACUC